UAUCAGAAUGAAUAUUGAUGUUUCAGAUUGUAUCGUGGAACGAAUCACAGUUCCCUUAAAAAUGGCUUCGCUGGUAAAUGUUUUGCUGCGAAAAACUUCCAAUUUUAGUCCUUCCAAGACAUUAUUGUUUAAUUUACCAGCAGUUAAUAAUGUGAAUUCCAAACGGAAUGCGCAUCGAUGGAUGCCCGACGAGAAUUUCGUGAAACAAUUCGAAGGGGUUGUCAUGUUUCCCGAGGGUGUUUCUGGUUUACCGAAGCACGGACCAUACAACAGUAUAGUGGCUCCUGGUGAGAAACAUGUGCGUAACAUGGUGAUCAACUUUGGACCACAGCACCCUGCUGCCCACGGUGUGCUACGACUUGUGCUAGAACUGGACGGUGAGACUGUCCGUGGCGCCGACCCUCAUAUAGGACUCCUUCAUAGAGGCACAGAGAAGCUGAUAGAGUACAAGACCUACACCCAAGCAUUGCCUUACUUUGACCGACUUGACUAUGUGUCCAUGAUGUGCAAUGAGCAGUGCUUCAGUUUGGCUGUGGAGAAGCUCCUCAACAUUGAUAUACCUCUGCGUGCAAAGUAUAUUAGGACGCUGUUUGCGGAGCUGACCCGGCUACUGAACCACAUAAUGGCGGUGGGCACGCACGCGCUGGACGUGGGCGCGCUCACGCCGUUCUUCUGGCUGUUCGAGGAGCGAGAGAAGAUGAUGGAGUUCUACGAGCGAGUGAGCGGCGCUCGCAUGCACGCCGCGUACAUACGACCCGGCGGCGUCGCUUUGGACAUACCGUUGGGUCUGAUGGACGACAUCUACGAGUUCGCGUCCAAGUACGGCGAGCGGCUCGACGAGCUGGAGGACGUGCUCACGUCCAACCGCAUCUGGGUGCAGCGCACCAAGGACAUCGGCGUCGUCACCGCACAGGACGCGCUCAACUACGGCUUCAGCGGUGUAAUGCUGCGCGGGUCGGGCAUCAAGUGGGACCUGCGCAAGAGCCAGCCCUACGACGCGUACGACCUGGUCGACUUCGACGUGCCCAUCGGAACACAAGGGGACUGCUACGAUAGAUAUCUGAUCCGCGUGGAGGAGAUGCGUCAGUCGCUGCGCAUCAUAGAGCAGUGCCUCAACCAGAUGCCGGCCGGCGAGGUCAAGACGGACGACGCCAAGCUCACGCCGCCCUCGCGCGAGGAGAUGAAGACGUCCAUGGAGGCGCUGAUCCAUCACUUCAAGCUGUUCACGCAAGGCUACCAGGUGCCGCCCGGCGCCACCUACACCGCGGUGGAGGCGCCCAAGGGAGAGUUCGGCAUCUACCUCGUCUCGGACGGAGGUUCCAAACCGUACAGGUGCAAAAUCAAGGCGCCUGGUUUCGCCCACCUGGCGGCUCUGGAAAAGAUCGGCAAAAACUCCAUGUUGGCCGACAUCGUCGCCAUCAUCGGCACACUCGACGUCGUGUUCGGCGAAAUUGACCGAUAGAAGAAUAUAAGCUAAUUACGUCAUAAGCGAUCCAUCAUGUAGAUUAAAUUGUACAUUUUAAGUUUAAGUAAUAAUAAAUUAUUUGUAAAGUA